GAGGAGUUGAGCUGAGGUGGGGCUAUGUAAGAGCAGCAUUUAGCUCACUGCUCCGGCUCUUUGAGCUGAGAUUUCUGCCUCUCUCAGCUGUGGAGACGAGAUGACGGAGCUGCUACUUUAACAAGCUGCCUUUUGACACGGCUAAGGUGACACCAAGCUCAAGAUUCAAACUCUACUUGUGCUGGAUGGCAGCUGGUUGUCGUCUUCAAGCUCAGACACGAGGAGAAGAGAAUGAAGAGUUGAUUUCCCAGGUUGAGGACUUUUAUUUUUUUAAAAAUUUUUUCCAAAGCAUCAAUAUUUUCACGUAUAUUUUUCCUCUCGCAGCCAGAGUAGAGCGUGACUCCGCUGACCUCUGAGCUGACGAUGAAUGUGCUGUCGAACACAGCCACAGGGGCCCAGGAGCAGUCGCUACCUCUCUGUGGCCCCGGGUCGGUGCACGACCUGCCCCACUGCCCCGCGGGGUUCAGUCUGAACUCCCGCUUGGCCGCUGCGCCGCUCCUCAGCUUGCAGGGCGGCGCGAGAGCCGCCAAGCCCCAGAAGGAGCUGAGUCCCGAGGAGCAGCAGGAGCUGAGGCGGAAGAUCAACAGCAGGGAGAGGAAGAGGAUGCAGGACCUAAAUGUCGCCAUGGACGCCCUGAGGGAAGUGAUGGUGCCUUACGCUUCCUCCUCCUCCUCUCCCUCUCAGUCGCACGCGCCCGGGGCCCAGCCGGGCCGCAGGCUCUCCAAAAUCUCCACCCUGGUUCUGGCCAGGAACUACAUCCUCCUCCUGGGCUCGUCUCUCCAGGAGAUGCGGCGGCUGCUGGGGGAGGUGAGCAUCGGCAUGGGGGUGAACACUGGGCCUGUCCCCCGGCUGCUGUUUGCCGGCGGGUGGCCCCUCAUUGCGGGGCCCGGCCAGCUCCUCCUCACCCAUGAGUCCCUCAUCUCCUCGACCACCUCUUCGUCGUCGGCUUCUUCUUCUUCCGCCGCUUCGCCGUCCUCCUCAGCUGCUAAAUGUGCCCCGCUUCCUCCAGGCCACAUGGAGGCCUCGCUGGCCCCAGUGCAGUGGAGCUCCUUGGGGGCUGCAGGUGGGGCCCCCUGCCCCUGUGGGGUCUGCAGACUGCCCAGAUUCAACCACUCCAAACCUGCUGCCAGAUUCCCAAAGUGAAGACUCGAAGCUUGCAGGGGAUUUCUUUCUUAUUGUUACACAUUAUGCAAGCUUUUUAUAGGAAUUAGUAUUUUUCUAACAUUUUAACAUCUUUGUAAAAUGUUACUACACUACUUACAGUUUUGUUCUGAUUUUAUCACAUCAUGCUGUUCUGCUUUGUAUUAUCUGAAUGUUUAGUCACAUGAUCUUGGUUCUAACAUGGCAUUAUUUGUCUUCUCCUUCACCACAGACAAGCAAGAACCUCAUUCGAUGAGUUUUUCCUUGUUUAUUGAAUGCAACGCACAUUUCCAAUAACUGACCGAACUGUAUCCAACUACUGUAAACUGUUGAAAUUGUAACAGAAAUCAAAAAUCUGACCUUAAAUUGAAUCAAACUCUGCUGUCGGCUGCCGAUUUUAGCUACGGCUGCAGAGCGAUCAGUUUUUACCUCCGUCAGAAGAACCUGAACGUGUUCCGACUUGUUCUGCUUCUUGGUUUCUGACUUUAUAUUGUUUAAAGCAACGU